AGAUGAGUUAAAUUUUUCGUUUUGUUGUAUUAAAUCAAACCAAAUUCAUUAAAAAAGCUAUUUAACUAAUAAACUAAUAUCUUUAAAUUAUAUAUUUAACUUAAUUCAGCAUUUUUUCUACUAAUUAAUUCAAAUUAACAAUUCUUAGCUUAGGACUUUUUUGUCUCACUAAUCCUUAAUAAUCCUUAUAAUUUAUUAGAUCUAGAUCUAGUCUAUAUUUAUUAUUAUAUCCUUAGAUUUUAGAUCUAGUCUGUCUAGUGUUAGACUUAGACUUUAAUUAAGGCUUUAGAUCUACUAAUCAUCUACUAAUACUACUAAUAAUAACUAAUAGUAAUAUUCUAUGUAGUUAGUUAUACACGUAAAUAUAUUGAUCUAGAAUUAGAUCUAGAAUCUAGAUCUAGUCUAGGUCCACAUUUUGAAUUUAAUAAACCAUUUGAUUUGAUUUAAUUGUCAUUGUAAACUAGCUUUCACUUUAGAUUUAGACUUAACUUAGGCAUUGUAAACCUUAAACUAGAUUUAGACUAGACUAAACUAAAAUCAAGAGCAGUCAUCAUGAAAUUGCUCUGGCUAUUUAUCCUAAUAAUCACCAAAUGCACACUAGCUGAACACAGAACUAGAUCUACCUUUGUCAACACUAAACUUAAAAAGGAAACAACAGUCAUAAUCAAUCAUCACACUUUAGAACAAUGCAACUUCAAAAAUAACCUAACAUACACAUCUAUAACAUUAAAGAAGAUUACCCAUCACAAAUGGAAGUUCUCAAUCAGACACAGCAGAAAUAAAUACCUAUCACUGUUAAUAUUAAUGGCAGGAGAUGUAGAGUCAAAUCCAGGGCCUAGAUCUAAAGAUAGAUGCAACAUCUGCAAAAAAAUAUGCACCCUGAAACAGAAAGCCAUUCAAUGUGACACCUGCGAUGAAUGGUACCAUGCAUCAUGUCUCCAUAUGAAUACACCUGUGUAUUAUGCCUUAGGCAACAAAGACGCAUCAUGGCACUGUGUACCGUGUGGGUUACCUCAGUUUACAUCAGGACUGUUUGAUUCCUUUGAUGUGGACACUUCUAACCCAUACAACAUCCUAAACACCAUCCCGAACCAAACUCACCAACCACUAGCCAGAUCCACUCCUGUUAAACCUAAAUCUACUAAAAUUAAUACAACAGCCUCACUAAACAAACCUACUAAAGAAGUAAUACCAAAAUACCUUAAAACCUUAGUUAUAAAUUUUCAAAGCAUUAGGAACAAAACAGCAGACUUAGAAAUUUUAUUAGAAUGUGAGAAACCAGACAUAAUUGCAGGAACAGAAACUUGGCUGCAUCCUGAAAUUUAUAAUGCAGAAAUUUUCAAUAGUAAUUAUGAAAUUUUUAGAAAAGAUAGGGCUGAUAAUCAUGGAGGAGUUCUUUUAGCAAUAAAAAACACUCUUAUAGCAGAAGAAAUUACCUUACCUAACUCAAAAAAUGUAGAAUCAACAUUUUGUAAAAUUAAUACCACCUCAACAUCCCUAAUAAUAGGCAGCAUUUACAGACCACCAAAUUCUAGUUUAGAAUACAUGCAGGAACUAUGUAAUCAGAUUACUACACUUAAAGAGACAAAUAAAAAUGCAGUUUUUUGGAUUAUGGGUGAUUUCAACCUACCUGAUAUAAAUUGGAAAACACUAACCAUAGAUAAACACCAAAACCUUAAGGAUAUAAAUGAGCUUUUCAUAGAAACUUUACACAACCUAAGUUUAGAUCAAAUCAUUAAAAAGCCAACUAGAUUAAACAACACAUUAGAUCUCUUCUUAACCAACAGACCUGGAUUAGUAGUUGAUUAUGAAAUUAUCCCUGGUCUAUCAGACCAUGAGAUCAUAAAAAUACACAGUCAGAUAAAAGCAGUAGCCAAUACAAAACCCAAAAGAAAAAUCUUACUCUGGAAUAAAUGUAACCUAACACAACUACACCAAGCUGCACUAAACUUUCAACAAACAUUCUUAUUAGAAAAAGACAUUAACCAACCAGUCGAUGACCUCUGGAAUUUCAUUAAAAACCAUCUUAAAAGCAUAAUAGAAAAUCAUAUACCAACUAAAUACACAUCAAACAAAAUAAAUAAAUGCUGGUUUAAUAAUAGACUAAAGAAGCUUUGUAAACAGAAGGAAAACCUCUAUAGAAAAUUUAAAGAAACUAAUGCAGAAAGAGUUUACAAAAAGUAUAUAAAAAUUAAACACUUAACCCAAAAAGUAAGCAGACAGCUGCAGAGUGAAUACAUAAACAAUGUAAUAUCUAAAGAUAACAACAAAAACCUAUGGUCAUACAUUAAGUCUAAGAAAAUGGAAACAACAGGCGUAGCGCCAUUAAAAGAUGAACAUAACAUAAUACAUAAUGAUAAUGAAACUAAAGCAAACAUUCUAAACAAAUACUUUGCAUCAGCAUUCUCAGCCCCAGGAGACAAAGACAUAUUACUGAAUUUGAACCAAGUAGACAACAUAGAAGAUAUAGUAGUACAAGAAAAUGGAAUUCAAAAACUAUUAGCCAACACCAAACCAAAUAAAGCUUCUGGACCUGAUGGUAUUCCAGCUAGAUUACUCAAAGAACUAAGUAAUGAGCUAGCCCCAGUGUUCAAAAUACUCUUUCAGGCUUAACCAGGGCAGAGUACCAAAGGACUGGAAAGAAGCUAAUAUCACCCCCCUAUUUAAAAAAGGAGAAAAAUCUGACCCAGGGAACUACAGACCAGUAUCACUUACCAGCAUCACAUGUAAAAUCCUAGAACACAUAUGUAGCAACAUCAUAAACCACUUAGACAAACAUAAUGUCCUCACACCAUACCAACAUGGCUUUAGGAAAUAUAGAUCAUGUGAAACACAACUAAUAGGACUAAUUGAUGAUUUUUCAAAAGGUUUAGAUAAUAGUGAACAAAUAGAUGCUAUCUUACUAGAUUUUUCUAAGGCUUUUGACAAAGUUCACCACCAUAGUUUGCUUAAAAAAUUAAAAUAUUUCGGCAUUAAUGGUCCACUGCAUCAGUGGAUUAAAGACUUUCUGAUAGGGAGAGAACAAACUGUAAUAAUAAAUGGCUCUAAAUCAACACCGAUAACAGUAAACUGAGGUGUACCUCAAGGUACAGUCUUGGGUCCACUACUAUUUUUAAUUUACAUAAAUGAUUUACCAAAUUGCAUUAGUUCAGGAACAAAAGUCAGAUUAUUUGCAGACGAUUGCAUAAUAUAUAGAACAAUAAAAACAACACAAGACACAGAUAUUUUACAAAGAGAAUUAGAUGAAUUACAGAAAUGGGAAUCAAAUUGGAGCAUGUCUUUCCACCCAGAAAAAUGUCAGUUGUUAAGAGUAACAAAAAAACUAAAACAAAUUAAUUCCACUUAUCUUAUUCAUGGCAAACCAGUAUCACAGACUAAAAACGCAAAAUACCUAGGUGUUAUAAUAAAUGAAAAACUAUCAUGGAAUCCACAUAUUGAUGAAACUACAAAAAAAUCAAACAAAGCAUUAGGAUUUAUUAAAAGAAAUUUCUAUAAAUCAAAUAAGAACAUAAAACUAAAAUGUUACUUAACCUUGGUUAGGCCAAUAAUAGAAUAUGCAUCCUCCGUUUGGGACCCCUCAACUCAAGAAAACAUUAAGAAACUGGAACAGACACAAAAUAGAGCAGUGAGAUUCAUAACAAACGAAUAUUCACAUUUGACUAGAGUAACACCUUUAGUAAAAUCACUAAAUUUAGAAAGCCUUCAGGACAGAAGGCUCAAAAGUAAAGUAGCAAUCAUACAUAAAACACUGAACCAUAAUCUUCAAAUACAAAAACAAAAUUUAAUAAAAUACUCUGAAAGACACAAAGAUAAAGGCACAUUCCUCGUCCCAUAUGCUAGGACAAAUUUGUACAAAUACUCCUUCUUCCCUAGUGCUAUUAGAGCAUGGAAUGGGUUGCCUGAGCUAGCCAGGAAAACCAGUGACUUGGCAGAAUUUAAGUCAUUGGUUAAUAUGCAUGACUAAAUGCAUGACGCGUAGGACGUAAUCAUCUUCUUUUUUGAAGUAACGUCUGUAUUAUAUAAGAUAAGAUAAGUUUUGUGUAUUUUAAGUUUAAGUUAUUUAUAUUAGAUAUUAAAUUCUGUGAAACAUUCUAAAUUUAGAAUCUAAAUAUAAUGGAAUCAAAACUUUUUAUGUGUCGGUGAUACACUGACAUAUAUAUUUUCAUUUCAUUUUCGUAUACACAAAUAUUUUCCGGAAAUAGAUCUAGAUUAGUCUAUUAGAUGUCAAUGUUGUCAUAGACUCGAAUCAGAAAAAAAACGUUUAAGUUUAAGUAGACUGAAUCUAUAGAGAUCUAGAUUUAUAGUCUAUAUAGAUCUAAAGGAAUAUUAGCAGUAUGAUGAAAGACAACUCCUCUUUUUCCAAACUGACAUGAUCAGAGUCAUCACAAUUGAUUUUGAAAAAAAAAAGUCUGUCUGUAAUUUUAUUAAUAAAUUUGACAUUUUUCACAUUUAAAAAAUGGAAACAGUUUCAUCUAAUCAAAAUCUCUCUCACCUGAGCUCAAAGUCAGACAAAUCAAAAUCACACAAAGCUAGACAUUGUUCAAAAACAAAAACUAGAAAGCCAAAAAAAGUGAACUCCUUAUCUGAAGGGAAGAACAUUGGAUUUGAUUCAAAUACUGCGAAAUGGAAAUUAAUGCUUUCCCCAAAUCAUCAAAGUCAGAAUGAUCAUGCUUCAAGCUGUUGUUCCAGCGUGAUUGAGGAAUGGAAAUUCAGCUCUCUUAUACUAGCCUGGGGCAGAGAGAGAAUAUUUCAUAUACUGGGAUUACUUAGUCUUAUGAUUUGUGCAAUAUUAUUCACCUUACAGGCCUACAUGGCUUUUAGGUCCUAUCAGAUCAUGCAUCAGUUGAACGUGAAAAAGCAUGUACCAGAGAUGUUGUACCAGUUUUACUUUGACAGUCAUGACUGGCAUAUCAACCUUGACAAAGUGGACUUAAAAGCCAAUACCACCAUAUUUAUUCAUUAAUGUUGACCACAGGACACUAGGUUUAAUCAACCCACCCAAGGCUAACGCCAAAGGAAUGAAGUUAUGGUCACAUAAGUAGUACACCAUUGAACAAACACAGGUGUGACUAUUUGUUAAGUACAUACAGUCACACACUGUACAUUCUCAUACAGACUCCUAUAAUAAAAGCCCAGGAUAGAAUGGAAUGUAAAAUGUGUGUAUCUAUUAACUAGUCAUUUUCCACAUGUAAGUUUAAUAUAACUAGUUUGAAUUUAAACAAAAGAAUGUUCAAUCUGUAAACAAGUAAAUAGGUUUAAAUUGUAAUCAUUUGAUAUACUAUUGUUUAAACAUCUUCAAAUAAGAAAUUAGGAAUACUUCUUACACUUUAUUAUUUUAAAAGCUAUUACUAAUACAGGUGUUGGCCCCCCAAAAUUAAAGUUUUCUUAAUUCCCAAUUACCUUUAUAGUUGGUGACAACUAAUAUAAAAACAAAUAGUGAUAGAUGUGAACAUAGCAUUAGAUCAUGGCCAUCACGUAAGAAAAAAAAUCAGAAUGCACAAAGUUGUUUUUUUAUCUAUUUUCAAAAUCUUCAUAAAACAUCAAAAUACUUUAAUUGAAACAUUUCAUUAUUCAAAAUAUUUUUAUUCCAGCCGAAUUUAUAACUCAAAAACCACAUUGACACCCUUUUACAUCAUUUUGUUAAAAGCUAGAAAUGAUCUUUGAUGACCUUUUUACUAUUUUAUUGGCCAUCAUUAAUUGCACACAACAUAGUCCCUUUGCCAGUAAAUGGAUAGGCUUUUAUAGAAAACAUUUAGUUGUUUAUUAUACAUUGUUACCAGUUUGGAUUCUUAUACUUAUCCCAUCUUGUGCUCUUGGUAAUAUAAAAUGAAAUGUAUAUAUACAACAAAAGUGUUAUUUAGCAGGUAAUAGACCAAGGCUGAGGUAAUAUUGUAUCCAGCACUGAAUGUAUUGAUAGACUGUGAUUUCUAAUUAUAAUUUAUUGCUUUAAAAAUAAUAAAUAUAUUUUUUUUAAAUAAUAGAUAUAAUACGGUUAUUUACCGUACUUUUUGUUUUGUAAAUUUGAUACAUUAUUAGUCAUAUUGCACCAACCUUUUGCAUCUUUGAUUUCAAGAGAUGUUUUAGAAAGGUAACUCAGAUCAAUAUGUGAAAAAAUAAGUAUUUAACAAAUUAAAUACUAGAUAUUAAAAUAAUAAUAAAUAAUGGAAUCAUGACUUCUAUUUAGGUAAGAUUUUUGAGAUUACAAUCUAAUAGAUAAGCCUUAUUAAAAUGUUGGAUUUUGAACUCGUGUGUUUGUAAGUGUUUAAUUUAUAGUUAUAAAAAAAACUGUCUUAAUUCAUGGUUGAUUGUCAGUUUUCUCUUGUUUUAAAAUAUAUAUAUGUUACCCUUUAACUUUCAGUGUAAGUUUUGGUUAUUCAUAUCUCAUACAUCACUUAAUGUAAUCAGCAGGUUCUGUUGAUGUCAUAUUGUAAGUCUCUGAAGCAUUGUAAUCACACUUCUAAAUUAUCUAUAUAGAAAAAAAAAGAAUAUUUAUGUCAAUAUAAAAUUUAAUGGCCUGUCAGCUAUUUGAAUAUUAUGAAUGAAAUGUAGAGUUUCGUUUUAUGUAUUAUAUGUAAGUGCAUUUUUAAUUUUUUUUUUUUUUUAAAAGAUCUCGGGCUCAACCCAGUUGAGGGAAUUAGUUCCUAUGUUGACAUACAAAUGGUAAAUUUGUGUCUAUCCUCCCCCUUUUCUGUCUUUGGAAGUUUGCUGAAGAGGUUUACACACAAAAAAAUACAAUCAUUGUUUAUUGUGAUUAUUCUUAAUUAUUAAGUCUAAAACAAAACUGUAGAGUUCUUGAUUCCUAAGCAAGAAAUUUUCACCCCAUUGGCCUUGGUUUUCAUUACUAAUGAUUUCAGACUUGCAUAUUUGCCAUUAUUUGAGCCUAAAAAAAAUACUGAAAUUCUCAAUAGAAUGUGGUAGGUAUGUGAUUUAAAUCAUCCAAUCAGUGGCCAUAGCUUCCAUGUUUUUAAAACGGAAACAUCUAUUCUCAUUUUUACCAGGGCAUUAUAAGAUGAGUACCCCUUACUGUCCUAGUCAAUCAGAACUAAUCAGCUCCUUUCCCAUGGUAUUAAUAUAUCCUCUCAUGUGGCUGAAAAGUACAACUCUUUAUUGGCAGUGUCAGCAGCACAAUGAAACUUAGCCAUUAAGUAUGGACGUAAUCAUUUUCUAUUUUGAAGUAUCGUCUAUAUUUGAUAAGAUAAGUAGUGGAGAAUGUAACCUGAAAAUAGGGUGUUGUCACUCAGUUAUAUGUCUUGGCUUUCAAACUUGGAGAGGCGGUCAUGAGUUCAAAGACUGGUACUUUGAACUUCAGUCCGGCUAAUGGUUUAAUCCAUGAAAGUAUUUCUUCUUUUCGACUGUGCCAGACUUUCUGAAUUCUAUUUUAAGAGGUUUGGGAAGCCACUUGCCUUUUACUAUAUGGUGACAUACAUGUCCUUGUGCUCAAUCACAGGUUUUUGUCUAGGGAUUUUGAAAGAGAAGAUUUCAGGCUCUCAAGGGAUUAUGGGCACAAUAUGACCUGAAUUGUGCCUAUGUGCCAAAAAUUCAAAACUAAUCAGGAUGAGCUCAAGCCCUUAAUAAAAUAGAGUUUGAUAAUGAUGAUAAGUCUACCCAAUUCUAAAAGGUACCUGACUUACAUGACACUCUUGUGAACUUAUUGGCUUUAUAUUACAUAAGUAUGUAACAAAAUUUACUUGUGAUGUUCUAUUCUGAGAACAGUGUACGUUGUCUUGUUGAAAUGUUAUAUUACGAUUUGACUGUGAAUACUGUUGUCAUUAAUGAAAUGUAUUACAUUCUAAUUGUUACAAAUGAUGUAUUUUAGAAUAGAUGUUUUAUUAAAGUGCAGUUGUACUAUUGAUUUAGGGGGGAGAAAAUUCUCUAUUUCUUCCUGCCCCUACCCGCACACACAUCAUCAAUUAUUCUUGCGUUUAUAAUAAAAUAUGUUGAUGCAUGGAAGAAAAAAAAUUUUUACAGGGACUAUAACAGCUAGAACUCUGGAACUCAAAUCAAAAGUAAAUCUUGUUUAACCCACUUAAAUAAAACCAGCAUUAAAAUUCAUGUUUCCAUGUUCAUAGGUAGCACUACUCAUAGCACUAAAGAUACUUUAGAGAACAAAAUACAUUCCUUAUGGCCUGUAAUAGUUUAUUUAUCCAUUCUUUAAAAGGACCACUUUCAUCUUCCAGUUAGGAUAGUGGUGAUUGAAGCUGUACAGUACCACCUUGUAGACAGUAACAUGAGAUCAGUUUGUGUAUCUAAAUUCUGCUCUUUAUACUUUAGAACAAAUGAUGAGUUAACAUUUUUUUUUGUGUAAAAUCUCAGUUGCUAGGUGUUUAAAGUUUCUCUUUAAAGAUUUUGAAUUUAUUAUUUUUAAAAUAGUUUAAGCAAAAUUCUUAACACUAUAUCUAUUGCAAAACAUAAUACAUAUGUAAAACAUAUUGUUUAUAUUUUUUGUAUGUAUAUGGAAUGUAUUGUAAAAUCCUCACUCAUAUUUAUAUAGCUAAGCAAGAAAGGCCUGUGCACAUUCAAGAAAUAACCCCUUUGCCCUUUAUUGCAAUGAGUCUCUCUGGACUGUCCUCUCGAUGGUCUUGGACUUGAACCCUGCCCGCUGUCUUGUGUGAGGUGUAAUAAUCUUCAUUUCUGAAGGAACAUUCAAAAAAUGUAAAACAAAAGAAUCGAGUGACUUCAGUGACCUACCAUAGUUACUUUAUUUGCCGACACACCACUAUUGUCACAGUGCACCCAAACCUGAAACUUUUCUGCUAAAUAACUUGCUACAGUUUUUUUUAAUUCUCUGCCUAUUUAACCAAAGUGACCCAUCACUUGAUGCUUUAUAAAAUGGUUUCAAAAAUAAUUUCACAGAAGACCUUCAGAUACUCACCUCAUGUUUGCUGACAAUAAUGAGACACAAACUUAUAAGGUGUGAGAGAAAGUGCUAUCUCAUGAUGUGAAGGUAAAUUCAAAUAGCGUUUUGUGUUGCUGUGACUUGGUUUAUCUAUUACAGCUCUAUUGAGAACAAUGCUAUUGUUUUUUUUACUCUUAUACUUUGGUUUCAGUGUAUAUG